CACUUGCCAAUGCAAAGUUUUAUCGUGAAUUCGAAGCAGAAUACGAGGUUAAUGUCAAUGUUGUCAUGGUUAAACGUCGUAUUGAUGUCAUCGGUAAGCAAAGUCAAGCCUACGAGUGUGCUGAACUCAUUCGACAAAUGCUUGAAAUGUUUCACGCUGAUAUGCCAACCAGCACAACAGCUGAUGCUGUUUGUCCAAUCUGCAUGUCAUCCGCAGAGGUACCAUACAAUUUGCAAGCAUGUGGUCAUCUUUACUGUCGUCAAUGUUUAUACUCAUAUUUGGAGUCGAAAUAUGAUGCAACAGCCAAUUCUGAAUCGUUAAAAAUAGUAUGUCAGAUUGACGAGUGCCAGAAACCAUUACUCGUACGAGAUAUCAAAUCGAUAGCUGCUAUGAGUAUAGGCAAACUUGCGAAGGCAAGGUUCCAAGCAUAUUUAAGGGAACAUGAAGAGUUUAGUGAAUGUUUUGGUAUCGAUUGUAAACAGCUCAUUUACAUUUUAACGACCGAACAUCAAAAUGUUAUGGGAAAUUAUUUGAAGGCCUUUAUGACAAUAUUUGAACAAAAUGAAGCAAUUGUUUCUUGUUUGUAA